ACCGCGUACGCCAUCUCAUUGAACCUGAAUCGGACAUCUGGUUGACGUUCCACCUUGACAAGUACAUACAGACACCAACGAUCUACCUCUUCUCAACGCCAUUCUACGCAUCCCUCGUUUCCAACUUCAAUCAUUCAUCGUGACUGACUGAACUCUAUUCCCAUCUACUGAGGUUGCGAUCCCCAUCAUGGCUUCGGGCUACGAUCGUGCGCUCUCAGUCUUCAGUCCCGAUGGCCACGUCUUUCAAGUUGAAUAUGCCUCGGAGGCUGUCAAACGGGGGACCUGCGCAGUUGGAGUAAAGGGCAAAGACAUUGUUGUGCUGGGAUGCGAAAAGAGAUCCGCUAUGAAAUUGCAAGACACCCGUAUCACCCCUUCCAAAAUCGGUCUCUUGGACACUCAUGUCUGUCUGGCAUUUGCUGGUCUCAACGCCGACGCUCGGAUAUUGGUCGAUAAGGCGAGACUCGAAGCACAAUCACAUCGUCUAACCGUCGAGGAUCCUGCAUCUGUUGAAUAUAUCACCAAAUACGUUGCCGGAGUACAGCAAAGAUACACACAGAGUGGUGGUGUCAGGCCCUUUGGAAUCAGUACAUUGAUCAUUGGUUUUGACAAGGGCAGUACGGAGCCUCAGCUCUACCUGACCGAGCCAUCUGGGAUCUACUCUGCCUGGAAAGCAAACGCUAUUGGCCGAUCCAGCAAGACCGUGCGAGAAUUUCUCGAGCGAAAUCACAAAGACGACAUGGACAGAGAGGCCACAAUAUCCUUGACGGUCAAGUCUUUACUGGAGGUGGUCCAGACUGGUGCAAAGAAUAUUGAGAUUGCCAUCAUGGCACCUGGAAAGACGAUUGAAAUGCUACCGUCGGAGCAAAUCGAACAAUAUGUCAAGACGAUUGAAGCAGAGAAGCAAGAAGAACAAGCAAAGAAGAAGCCUGGUAGACCCGGCGCUUCAGCUACAUCGUCGCUACCAACGAGACCUUUGGCUGAGGGCGAGGGAAGCGCAGAUGUCUGAUGGACUGGAUGAAUUGUGGAUCGAAAAUCUUUGCAUGAGCGACUGGAGUUUGGUAUCCAAUGGAGAACCAUUCAUGGACCCAACAUCGUCAGUGUUGUGGUUCUCCAUCGUCGCCAGGAGGCCAUCCCACCUCUACUUCCUGUAAGCUAGUCUGGACACAGAGACCCAGUCGUUUGUCUUGUAUUUCUAGAUUAGACUGUACUUGGCUUGAGAGAGGCUUCUCUGAUUGGAAGUCUCGUGACCUCAAGGGCCCUGGCAAGAGAUCAACCAAGCCUACUGUCGUUGCCUUUAAGGUCGAAUAUGGUCUGUAGAUCGGCUUGUCGGGUCCGGUCGUCUUUGAGCAUCCUGUGAUACAACAUGAGCAUUGCUUUUCGCAAAAAUUGAAUCAUUGCC